AUGAUGGCACGAGCAGAUAUUGGCAUGAUCGGUUUAGCAGUGAUGGGUCAAAAUCUGGUCUUGAAUAUGAACGAUCAUGGAUUUAUCGUUUCGGUUUAUAAUAGAACGGUUUCCAAAGUUAAAGAAUUUAUGGAUAAUGAGGCCAAGGGAACAAAUAUCAUUGGGACAAUGUCAUUAGAAGAAUUUGUUCAGAGUUUGAAGCGUCCUAGGAAGGCUAUGCUUCUGGUGAAGGCUGGUCAAGCGGUCGAUGAUUUUAUUUCGAAGCUCGUUCCUUUACUUGAGAAGGGUGACAUAAUAAUUGAUGGAGGGAAUUCCGAGUAUAUGGAUACUGAUAGGCGCUGUUCUGAAUUGGCUAAGAAUGGGCAUCCUUUAUGUUGGCACAGGCCUCAUAUCAAACCAAUAUUUCAAGCUAUUGCAGCUAAAGCCAAGUCUGGUGAACCUUGUUGUGAUUGGACAGGACCUGCUGGUUCUGGACAUUAUGUCAAAAUGGUUCAUAACGGGAUCGAAUAUGCCGACAUGCAGUUGAUAGCAGAAGCAUACCAUUUGUUACGGAAUUUAGGCUAUUUUGACAAUAGUGGAAUAGCACAAGUUUUCAAAGAAUGGAACGAAGGUCCAUUGGAAUCUUAUCUCAUUGAAAUAACUAGUCAUAUAUUCAAUUACCAGAAUCCUGAUGGUUCAUACUUAAUCGAUCAAAUAUUGGGUGCUGCCGGGCAGAAAGGUACUGGUAAAUGGACUGCAAUAUGUGGACUUGACAAUGGUGUUCCUGUAACCCUGAUUGCUGAAGCCGUAUUUUCGCGUCAAUUAUCAUCAAUGCGCACUCUUCGUUCAGAAGCAUGUCGUGUGUUAAAUACAUCACCUGAUAAAUCAUUCUGUUGUUCUAGUCCAGAAAUUGCAAAGAAACUUACCGAUGAUAUAUGGAAAGCAUUGUAUGCAUCAAAAAUAGUAUCUUAUGCCCAGGGAUUUAUGCUGUUGCAACAGGCACAGCAAGCCUUUGGUUGGAAACUGGAUCUUGGUGCAAUAGCUCUUAUGUGGCGUGGUGGAUGCAUCAUACGCAGUCAAUUUCUUGGAAAUAUAAAAGAAGCUUAUGAAAAAAAUCCAAAUCUAACUAAUCUACUGCUAGAUCCAUUCUUUAAAAAAGCUAUUGAUGAAUGUCAAGAUGGAUGGCGUAGAGUGGUUUCUCAUGGAGCUUUGAACGCGAUUCCCACACCUGCAUUCAGUUCUGCAUUAUCAUUCUACGAUGGAAUAAGGUGUCCAAAUUUACCCGCUAAUCUAAUACAAGCUCAACGUGACUACUUUGGAGCUCAUCAAUUUGAAAAGACUGAUAAUCCAGGUACAUUUGUUCAUGUCGAUUGGACAGGUCAUGGUGGUUCAGCGUCUUCCACUGCAUAUCAGGCUUAA